ACGGUUUGACAGCUAGCAGACGACGCGCACUUGUUGAACUUAGCACGGCCGGAAGUAGGGAAGGACUGAUAGAGCGGUCACGCCACCUGGCGACAAAUCGGCCGACUCGCCCCAAUAUGCAUACAUUGGUUUGACAAUAUUCAUGGGAAGAGUGUCGUAGCACGAAUUAUGGAAUGAAAAUAUAUAGAUUAUCUACAUUACAAUGAUCAGGUUAAUUGGACGGAAAUUUUUACGGUAAACUUUUAUUUCAAUUACAACCGAUAGGUGGCGCGAAUUUUAAUUUCCGACAAGUCAGGAGUGGCGUCAUGUAUUACGAGGAUCGCAUCAGUACGAGACAGCAUCGAAAGACCGCAUGCAGGUGCAGAGUAAUGUUCUGUCUCCAACAUGGGAGUCCGAGGUCUGUGGACAUAUUGUAAAGAAAAUCUGUCUUCAUGUGCAAAGCUGGUGGACCUUAUUCGUGUUGCUCGUCAACGACAUGGCAUAGACAUUCUUGUUGACCUUUGUGCCUUUCAAGUGUUCCUCAGCAGUAAAAUCUUUGAGGCCCUGGCAAAUGUCACAGACAAUCCAUACCUUGAAAUUUUAGGGGGUGAAUAUGGUGCAAUUGAUGCAUAUACGUCCAAAUUGAUAUCAGAUUUGAGAAGCCUUGGGAUUGAACUCAUAUUCUUUGUGGAUGGCUGCCAAGGAAGUUCACUGGAGGUUAAUGUUCGAAAGACGCCGGUUUGGAAAGAAAGAUAUGAGGGUUGUGUUGAGGUUCAAAGAAAUACCAUUAGAAUGUGUGCUGGGGACAUUGGUCGGGAUGAUUUAACUCACAUUUUAGGUUCACAUUUGACCACCUUGCAAUUUACAAGUACCUUGGAAGCCUGUGGCUGUAGAGUCCACAACGUGCCAGAGGAAGCAGAUACUUUUAUUGCCAAAACAUUUGAGACGAUGAAAAAUGCUUAUGCUGUUUUGACCAAUGACACUGACUUUUGCAUCUUCAAUGGAUGCAUUAGCAUAUUCAAUGACCUGUUUGAUAUGACCAAUAGUCUCAAACCAGAGCCAGGAGCAUCUGUACCUGAUAAGCCCAAAGAGCUUAUAUGUCUUGUGUUUAAAUCUGAAGUGAUUGGAAAGAGUCUUGGGUUUCAGCAUCAUUCGCAGCUUAUAGAACUCAGCAUCAUCGCCGGUAAUGACAACACUGGGCGAUUUAUGAGGGAGUUUCGCUACCUGCUUUCCUUGAGGGGUAGAUUUUCAAUGCAGAAGGCAGCCAAUUGGGUGAAGGAAUAUGGACGAGUCGAAAACCAUCCUGCGUUUGCCAAAAAAUUGGAUCAAUAUCCAGCCUUCCGCCAAGCUGUAAAAGACUCCAGACUGUUCUACUUAUUGCAAUGUUGCGAGCCUGACGGAGACAAGGGUGAAGUUCAUUCCUUGCUGAAUGAUGGUAUUCUAAGGGGAAGCUUACCAAGUGAACUGCUAGCAAUCCACAACCGUGUGUUCUGGCAUGGUGUUUCCAUAGAGCAGCCGUCGUUGUGUGACCACACGUCUGACACUGCUCUCACGGAGCUGAGGCGGAGGAUCUACAGGAUGGUGCUUCCCCAAAACGUUGACACAGUUGACGAAUUUGGACUUAAUUCGCAGGGACACAAAUGUGAAUGUAUCAGUGUCAAAGCUAUUAAUGAUGAGAGAGUUCCACACAUCUGUAGUAUACAACAAGAUGCAAUACAUGAAAACCUCCUUCAUUUUGAAUGGAUGAUUACUCACUUGGAGGGUGGCGCUGUGAAAUCCUGGUUUGAAAUGUUUGAAAGGACAGAGGGCUUCCUGUGCUACAUCCUCCGCUACUUCCUACUCCUCAACUGGAAACACAACCUCUGCAUCACAGAGAUGGAGUUCUGUGCGCUCGUCGCCCUCGUGUUUGGUCACAGAGACGAACGAUGGUACCAAGGACUCAGCUUGAAGCCUUCUCCACGCUGUGUGACCAUGAGUGCCUGGUUCCAGAGUUUAUACAUGCAUGCUUAUAUACUUCUUGGAGGGGCGUUAUACCUAACCAAGGAGUUCCCAACACCAGCUGAUGUGUUCUCUGGAGCCGUGUGGACUGCAUACUAUAAGUGCUCAACAGACAAAGAACUGCCCAAGACAGCGUUGAGGCGCUGUAGUCGAGACCUGGAGCUGGCCUUUAGGCUAAACAGGGACAUCAUCCGAGAACUAAGCCAGGAUGUAUUUGACUGUGAUGACCUUGGAGUCCUGCUCAAUAAGUCAGUCAAGUCAACAAGAUAACUUGUGGUCAAGGAGAGAAUGGGCAUUUUUUGUUACUUAUUUAACACAAAGCAAUGACAUUUUCAACUUGUGUUGUCUACAGAAUCUGGUUUACAUCAAACCUGAGCAAUAGAUUCCUUAUCAAUGAUGUCUGAUCUCAAACACACAUCUUCCCGACCCAAGGGAGUUAACUGAUUAUAAAAGUCCAGUUUCCAACCUUGGUGAACUAGACUGGAAUCAUGGAGUUAUAUUAUGGCUGGACUUACGAAUCUAUGCAUUGUCCAAUCAAAAUCACGAAAGCGACAUCCGGUUCGUAAACUGCCGUGCAUAUUUCAUUUGAUUGCAGGACUUUGCAUCAACAGAUAUUUUCCAAAUCUUUCCUUGUUUUAGUCAAGGUGCUGACAUGAUUUGAUGAACUUUGCGAAGUAAGACCAGUUUUAUUACAAUAUAGAUCUUGAUUAUCGAUCACAUUCUAUUUGAAGCUAAUGCAAAUGAUAUGAGAAGUGGAAUUUGAUUGGUCAAUAGGAGGGAUGUGGAAGGGACAUAACUCGUAAUAGCCUCUGGUGGCGCUACUAAGAUCCAGCCAAGAAAUUCCAGUCUUGUUCGGCAAGGUUGAAAACUUUACGUUUACAGUCAAUGAAUUCCCUUGCCUGGGGAAGAUGUCAAACACAAGGAUCUGUCCUGGGACCUUUGUUAGCCCAGUGUUGGUAACCCUAUGUUGUUUACCAGAUACACACAAGAUCUAUACUAAACCACAAAAGAAACGUCACCCCAAGUAACAUUGCAUGAAAAGUUGUCAUUUAAAUAUCCUGGUAAUUUUUGUCAAAGUUUCUAAAAUUUAACAUUACCCUG